CCGAGAGAAAACAACCUUAAUCCAAACGCUAACCCUAACCCUAACCCUAACCCUAACCCUUGCCUAAUGGGCUUUCUUACUUUCCCCCGCCUUGCCCAGGUCUUUCGAGCUUUUAAGCAACGAACCACCCUCUCUCAUCCCUCUGUUGAUUUAAACCUUGUAUAUUCGUGGCCUUUGGCGGCCGCGCAAUUCGCUUUGCCAUCGGUAGACUUGAUUAUUAGUAUUUCAGUGUUGUCAUUUUUGGCUUCGUAUAGAUUGAGUGAUAUCCGAGGCUAGAGUUAAGUUUCAAUCCUCCGCGCUGAUCAAACGAACUCCGUCACUUCGGUAGGUCCCUGUGAUUCUUAAUGGGUGCUCCAAAACAGAAAUGGACAGCUGAGGAGGAGUUUGCACUUAAAGCUGGAGUUGUCAAGCAUGGCUCGGGCAAUUGGCGAACAAUAUUGAGGGACCCAGAGUUUAGCGAUAUAUUGUUUUUGCGCUCAAAUGUUGAUCUCAAGGAUAAAUGGAGAAACAUGCGUGUGACUGUAAAUGGAUGGAGUUCUCGAGAGAAGGCUAGGGUAGCAUUGAAAAAGAGCAGAACUAUUCUUAAACAUGAUGACAACUCCUUGGCUCUUGGUACAGAAGUUGAGAAUGUUGAUCGCGAACUCAUUGAUUACAAACCUCUUGAAAUUUCAAGUGAAGUAGUGCAGACAGCUGGAUUGAAGAGAUCCGUUUUUAAGAUGGAUGAUUUUAUAAUUGAAGCUAUAACAUGUCUGAAAGAGCCCAAGGGUUCCAACAAAACUUCUAUAGCCAUGUAUAUAGAGGAUCAAUACAUGACUCCUACUGAUUUCAAACUAUUAUUGUCCGUAAAACUCAAGGAAAUGACUGAACGGGGAAAAUUGAUUAAGGUGAAACGCAAAUAUAGAAUUGCACCAAGUUUGGCCAUCAUGGAAGGUAGGGAAUUGAAAGCAUCACAUCAUGAAGGAAGGCAGAAAGAAAACUUGAAGGAGGAUAGAGAUGAUAAGUCUUUGGCCAAAUUUCAAGCUGAUGCUGAACUAGCAUGGAUGAGAAAUAUGACAGCUCAAGAGGCAGCUGCUGCUGCUGCUCAAGCAAUAGCUGAGGCAGAAAAAGCAAUGGCCGAGGCUGAAGAAGCAACACGAGAGGCAGAAGCAGCUGAAGCUGAUGCUGAAGCAGCACAAGCAUUUGCAGAGGCAGCAAUGUUGACUCUGAAAAGCAGAAAUACAAAUAAGCUGAUGAUCCGUGCAUGAAGAAGAUUCAGCGGAGCAUCCUAGAAGUUUUGGGACAUCUCAGCCUAUGAUGCCAAAUCACUUUUGGUUAGGGUUCUGUAUGACAUUCACUGAUGUGUCUUGCAGGCUUCUUGAAGAUGACCAUCUCUACAUGUUCAGUAUAUUAUCAUUCCUUCUUAAUCAUUCUGUCCGCAUUAAUGGAUUUUUUCUAUAAAACGUUCUUUACUUGGAACUGGUGCUUUUUCUUUUAUUCUGAUUCGAAAAAUAUUAAUGCUUCAGCUUUAAAGCACGACGAUAGAUUCGUUCUAUCAUUUAAAGGAAAGAGAGCUAAUUGUUAACAACAUAGGAAAUGCUUUUAUUCUAGAAACAAAAUCUUCUAA